AUGUCGCUCUUCGGAGGCCAACAGCCCGGUCAAUCGCUCAGCCUGUUUUCGAACACGGCCAAAGCGAGCCCCUUCGGCACCACUCCAAAUACAGGGACACAACAGAGUGCUUUUGGAACAUCAACCGCGACACCACAGCCUCAGCAGACCGGUAGUUCGAUAUUCGGUUCGACCACGCAGCAGAAGCCGUCGCUUUUCGGGCAAACGCAGCAGCAGCCGCAGCAAGCGUCGACUACAGGUGGACUGUUUGGAGGGCCGUUGGGGAGCGGACAAGGGCCGCAGAAGCCGGCGGGGGGUCUAUUUGGCGGUACUUUAGGAGGUGGACAACAACAACAAGCACAGCAGCAGCCUCAAUCAGGCAUUUUUGGAGGCUUGGGCCAGACACAACAACAGCAACCUCAGCAACAGCAGAGUGUCUUUGGCGGCGGCUCUUUGCUCGGGGGUGCUCAGCAACGGGCCCAACAGCAACAACCGCAACUCGGCCAGUCGACGCAACCGCAAGGGUCGAGUCUGUGGUCUCCAGGCCGCGCAGUGACGGGCGUACACCGAACAGUGCCGAUGCAGAUGGCUAUCGUAAAAGAGAAAUGGGAUCACUUCAACCGCAACUCUCCCUUCCGGACGUAUCUGUACAACAGCGUCGGCGAAGGCAAUGCACCAUUCUACCAACCCGGGCCGCAAGACGACGAAACAAAAUGGGAGGACGCCCUAAGGCAACGACCAGGCUCCGACUACGUUCCCGUGCUGGUGCGCGGGUUCUGGGAACUCGGCAAGCGCGCACAGCGCCAAAAGGAUUUCUUAACUAUGAUGCAGGCGCGCCUGCAUGAGAUCAACAACUGCCUCACUGAGCUGCUCUCGCGUCACGAUCUGAAGAUCUCCGUCAAGAUCGCCGAUUCCCGCCGGAAACACCUUGUACUUAGCAAACGGUGCCUGGCGCUUGCUGCCAAGACCCAGGUUCUGCGGAACAGAGGAUACGCGAUGGAUGAGGCUGAGGAGGAGCUAAAGAAGAAGCUUGCGAAGCUGGAAACCUCCGUUUUUGACCCGACGCUUAGCGGUCGUAGCGAGGAAAUUUGGGCCCGUAUGCUGGCUAUCCGAGAGCACUCGACGCGGCUACAGGUGGAGCUGGAACGGGCUGGGUCUACUGCUGCGAAGGGGGAGGAUGAGUUGGAUGAGGAGACGAUGAAGAAAGCUAAGAAGGUAUUGGACGAUUACCAUUCUCAGAUUCAACACUUACAGAAGGAAUUGGAGUCCGUAAAGAAGGACUUCGAAGAGGCGACAAAGUCAGUCAAUUAG